CAUGCCUGUAUUCAUAUGUUUUACGUUACUGUAACCAGGGCUUUUGCCAGGAAGAAGACCACAAUGGAGACACCCAGGCCUGAAGGAGAUGUGGCCCCUGUUAAACAGCAGACCAUGAUCUACAUCUGUGGAGAGUGCCACAUGGAGAAUGAAAUCAAAGCCAGAGACCCAAUCAGAUGUCGAGAAUGUGGUUACAGAAUCAUGUACAAAAAGCGUACAAAAAGAAUGAUUGUCUUUGAUGCAAGAUGACCUGUGAACAGACAAACAGAAGUAAGGGACAUAGUGAAACUAGUUUUGGAAAAACUGAACUGGGUGUAUAUAUCAAGAGUCUUUCUUCUGUGGCUUGAUGGAAUUGAAAACAUUAUUCAAGUGUUAUGCGUAACUUGUUGACGUUUAAAAACCAUUUUCAAGUGUUAUGGUAUAUGUAUAGCUUGAUAACGUUUUGACAAUUUUCAAGCGUUAUGGUAUAUGUAUAACUUGAUAACGUUUUGACAAUUUUCGAGUGUUAUUGUAUAUGUAUAACUUGACAAAGUUUUGAAAUUUCAAGUGUUAUGGUAUAUGUAUAACUUGACAAAGUUUUGAUAAUUUUCAAGUGUUAUGGUAUAUGUAUAACUUGACAAAGUUUUGAAAUUUCAAGUGUUAUGGUAUAUGUAUAACUUGACAAAGUUUUGACAGUUUUCAAGUGUUAUGGUAUACGUAUAACUAAUCAGAGUGUUGAAAAUUUUCAAGUGUUAUGGUAUACGUAUAGCCUAACAAAGUGUUGAUAAUUUUCAAGUGUUAUGCUGUAUGUGUAUAAACUUAAAGUUGAACAGAAUUUUUGAGUGUUAUGCUGUUUGUAUAUCUUGACGAGGUUUAAAACAAUGUUGAAGGGUUGAACUAUAAUGUAUAACUAAACCAAGUUUAAUGCAAAUUUCAAGUGUGAGGCUAUAAGUACAAUAUGAUAACGUUUACGCAACAGGUGUUCAUUUUCAGAUAUUCACUUCAUGCAGAUUGAUUUACACUACUUGCAGUUAAACGUUUUCAACUGAUUUGUAUAUUGGAAUAUUUCAUGCUAACAAAUUAUAAUUAUGAUGUCCUUUUGUUAAUGCAAUUUUCUCUUUAUAUUUUGCAAACAGAAUGCAGGAUUUGUUAACCUGUUCAUGGCUGUAAUGUGUUUCCAACAACCUUUGCUAUGAAACACAAGAAUGAAAUUUUAGUGAAAUUUAGGUAACAACGAACCUAAUAAUGUUUACAAAAUAAAAUCUGUACGUACAAAAGUUCUUUAAAGUGAAAAAGAACAACACUAUUUCAUUGAAAAUGUCAUUUUUAAGAGAUAUUAAAAUAUUUCCAAUAGACCAUAUGCAGGUUUUACACUGAUGUUAAUCAUGUUAAUUCCCUGAUUUUUUAUGUGAACAAUUAUACUAUUUUCUCUAAGUCAGAUCAUAAAAUGUAUUUGUGUUCACAAUGAUAAUGGUAAAAAAGGAAUUUCGUCCUUACACACUGACUGACAUGUAUUGCCAAACAAUGUCCAGUGCAAGACCUUUGGUCAAUUUUUCUUUUUAUGUAUUACUUAAAUGCCUAUUGUGCACAGAGUUUUUAGUAUUAUUUCAGGUCAACACUUGUGCAUGAUUGGUGCACUGGUCUUGCUUUAAUUUCUUAAUUUUGUGUCAAGUAUCACUUAUUUAUAAUGUGUGUAUAAUUAAUUAAAUAAAAUGUAUGACUUCAG